AUGAAGCACCAUGGUAGCAGCAUGGGUCUUCCUCAACCUUCAGUUUCUUCUGAUCGCCCUUCGCUCGUCUGCGACCACCACCGGCCGGCGAUGAAGGAGGUCGCGAGGGGCCAGUCUCUGGUGACACAGCUGCGAGCCAUCGUCCUUCCGGCGCUCCAGGCGGAUGAGCGCUCAGAGAUUGUCGCCCAGAUGUUCCAGAGCAUACUGGACUGCUCCAGCAAGGCCAUGGCCGAGCUGCAGCAGCUUCAUCGGUCUCGGAAUGCUCGACCUGAUGAUGACGAUGUGCUGGUGGAUGACAAGAAAAGAGUGAGGAGGAUCUCCUCUGAUUGCUGCAGCAAGGAGGAGGGUGUUAAUACUGGCACUGCUAACCAAUGUUUUAAAAAGCCGGCUAAGGCAUUUAACAGGAGGUUAUGUGAUGAUUCGGUGUCGCUUGAAACACCUGUUCCCCACUAUGAUGGACGCCAAUGGAGAAAGUAUGGGCAAAAGCACAUCAACAAUGCAAAACACCCAAGGAGCUACUACAGAUGCACAUACAGGCAGGAACAAGGCUGCAAAGCAACAAAGACGGUGCAGCAGCAAGAUGACAGCAGCGGCGCUGAUCAUCCCUUGAUGUACACGGUCGUCUACCAUGGACAGCAUACUUGCAAGGACAAUGAUGGUGUUAAUUCAGGCGCUGAUGAGUCUGAAAUAAACGCCCGAAGCAGCAGCGACACCCAAUCAAGCAUUUCUAGCACCUGUACAGACACCUAUGACCAGCAGACAUCCCUCCAUGACAAUAAGCUGAUCGACAAAUCUGAAGACGUGUAUGAGCCAUUUGACAUGGCUGCAUUCGCACCCUUGGAUUUGGACAGUUGGGAGUUGGAUGCUCUCCUGAGAUUUGGAUCAGCCUGA